AUGCGUUUUCAAAUGGAAACGGAGUAGUGUGGACGUGGUCUAAAAACGGGCAAAGAGGUGGAUUGUAGGUGGAGUUGAGGCGGGAGGUGAACGGAGAUGACGCCCACCUGUCAGAGAGAAUGACAAGCAUUCAGAAUAACUAUAUAGAAAUAGACAAUCUUCUCUCUGAUGGUCUUGUUUACUGAUGAAGGUCAUAGAGGAUCAGUAUAAAUGGAGAUAAGCUUAACCAAAUCUAUUUUGACAGGAUCAUUUUCUAAGGGUUUAUUGUUGAGGGGCUGAUGGGCACCUGUUUUCACAGAUGAAAAAACUUUUUACGUGUUCUUAAAUCAUAAUUAAAGGAGAAAACAAUGUCGAAAAUUUGUUGUCACUUGUCUCUCGGGGCUUCUGUAAUAAUCAGAUGUGGAUCUCCCGGAUUUAGAGACCGGGAUCAGGCCUCUGUGGGAGAAAAAUGUAUGCGUGUACAAUCAUAUUCAUUGUUUGGAAUUAAGUCAUGUAUCUUCACAAUCUCACAUUUAUAAAGCUAUGUAUGGUCACAUUUCAUACUUCACGCUCAUAAAAUCAUGUAAGUUCACGUUGAGGCCUGUAGCAGUAUCGCUCAUGCAGUGUCGCAAAGAGACAGGAUGUGGGUAAACUCUUACAAACACUUGCACACAGAUUUAAAUGUCUAGUUCAGGUCAGGAGGUUAGCAGAUUCACAGUGAGAAAAGAGGUUGUAUAGUACGAAGCCUGGAACCAAGUCAGCUGAAUCCAAACAACGCACGCACCGAAAUUGUCAAUGUACAGAUGUAAGCUGUUAAACCCUCUCCAUUACAAGCUUUUAGCGGAGAAAGAGCGGUGUCAGGUGUACAUCGGAAUAAAGUGCAAUGAACAGAUAACUAGUACUUCUCAUAUCUCCAAAAAAACCCAAGGUCCCCUGUGUAAUGGGUCGAAAGUACACCACGAAUCUUGACUGGAUGUAGGAUGAAGAAGAUGACUAUCAAGGGGAAAGUUGAGAGCGGAUGUGUGUGAAGAGGGGGAGCGAGGGUAUAAAGUAAUUUACAUUUCCUUGUUUUAGUCAGUUGAUUCCGGACAGCUCGGUUUACGUGUACUCUGUGUGAUGCAAAUAAACCUGCGUGAACUGAAGAAAAUCCAAUCGCUCUUGUGUUCUGUGGGUGUUCGUUACUGAGUUCCAUUUAGUGAGUUUCUGUGGUAUCUCACCACGAGUCAGAUAGCAACCAGUCAUUAAGUCAGCCGUUAGGUAUCGAGUUUUAAUUAAUAUAAGUCAUAAAGUCAAAGAAGCUGAUCAUCGACAUUGAAAAUAAACCACAACAUUUGACGAGCAUUUUGACGAACAGUUGACGAGCCUGAGCCAGGAGGACUCCACGGGGACCGGGCCCAAGCAGGGUGACCUCUUCUCUCACAGACUGAACGCGCCUUGAGCUCAACUUAAAGGAACCACUGCCUCCGUGAUGGAUCUCCAAAGUUCUCUGAAAUCCACACUGAAGAACAAAUAUCAGAAACUAAAUGAAGCAUACUCCGAAAACUCGUUACUUCCUUCAAGACUUUGCUAUCGGGGGCUCAAGCACGACUACCCGUUAUCUAAUUUGCACCAGCAUGAGUUUAGAUAUGUUGACAAUUCCGACCUUCAUACUUGGGUUGUUUUUAACACCGUCCCGCUCGCAGAUAUUUUAUCGUGCGACUGCAAACAUAACAGCAGCAAAAGAACAGUCAUCACCUUAGGAGUGUGUGGAGUUGGAAAAACCACAACGGUGCAGAGUUGUGCCCUGGAGUGGGCCGAGGGGAAAGGGUACCACGACAUCCAGCUGCUGUUUCCUCUCACCUUCUGGGAGCUAAAUUUGCUGAGACGUGAAUUGAGCCUUAUUGAACUUCUGCAGACGUUUUACCCUGAAUUGAAGGGGCUUGACUUUUCCUGCCUUAAUGAAAACAAGGUGUGGUUUGUCCUUGACGGACUGGAUGAGUAUCAUCUCCCGCUAAACUUCAGCUGUCCAACUGUGAGUGAUGUUUCUAAGACAUCCACAGUGGAUACUCUAGUGACCAGUCUGAUCAGGGGGAAUUUACUUCCCAGUGCACAUAUAUGGAUAACGACUCGAUUUGCAGCGGCAACACUAAUCCCUGGUUGCCAUUUGCUGAAAGAGACUGCGCUUCAAGGGUUCAGUAAUGAACAGAAGGAGCAGCUCUUCAGGACGGUAAUCGGUGAUGAUGAUCUGGCCAACAAAGCCAUCGACCACGUGAAAAUAUCAAGGAGUCUGGACUUCCUUUGUCAGAUACCUCCAAUCUGCACCAUCAUGGCAAAUGUGCUGAAUGAUCAUCUAAAAUCCGAGACUGGGUUUAAAAUCAAUCCCCUGAGUUUAACCCAGAUUUACACAAACCUGGUCAAAGCAUCCAACUCGGACAUUGUUGCCAAGCUGAAAAAGCUGGCCCUGCGUCGGAUGGGAAACACUCAUGUAAUGUACGAGCCUGAUUUUUCAGAGAGUGAACUAAGUGUUGAGGAAGCGUCCACUUUCUCCAAAGAGUGUCCUCUGGUGUUGAGAGAAGAGAAGGGGCUACAUGACUCCACAGUGUUUCGCUUCGGUCACUCGAGCCUUCAGGAGUUCUUUGCUGCGUCUGCUAAAUUGGACGAUAUUGAACCAAGUCCUGUGCGGUCUGACUGCUGUCGGUAUCUGGUGGACCAGGCGCUGAAGAAUGCCGAGGGCAAAUCGGAUGUCUUCCUCCGCUUCAUCUUUGGCCUCAUUAAGGAGCGUGGCAUGCUGGAGCCCUCUGAUCCGCUGUUUGAGUACACCAAGAAGAAGAUCCUGGAGAAUAUUCUGUCUUACAGCGCUGUGGGUCUGUUCCACUCUCUGAGGGAGUACGACAACCAGGCUUUACUAAGAGAGGUCAAGCUCUUCCUGAACUAUGGCUUCUCUCCCAUUCCGGAUUUCACACCAACGCAUUGGAAAUUUAUGAUGCAAAGGACCAGCAAUUUUGAAGGGAUGAGAGAGAGUUUUCAGAUGAACGUGUCCACGAGAUGUGAUGAAAGCCUCCUCAGUCAGCUACCAGCUGUUUUGAAAUCCAAGAAAGCCAUGCUGAGAUUCUCCAACCUGACAGAUAAGUGUUGUCCAGCCUUAGCCUCAAUCCUGAGCACAAGAGAGUCCUACCUGAGAGAGCUGGACCUCGGAUACAACAGCAUCAGUGACGAGGGAGUCAGGGAACUUGUGGAAGGGCUGAGCGAUCCAAACUGCAGACUGAAAACAGUAAGGUUGCAAGGCUGUGCAAUGACCUCGCAUGCAUGUGAAUACCUGGCCACCGCCCUGAGACAGUCCCUGAAACUCCAAGAGUUGGAUCUCAGCAUGAACGAAAUAGGAGAUGACGGAGUGAGACAUCUCGCAGAUGGUUUGAGCUCUCCUGAAUGCAAGAUAGGGACGCUUAAACUAUCACAGUGCAACAUUGAGCAGAAGGGCUGCUGUUAUCUGGCCUCAGCUCUGCAGAAGAACUCCAGCAGCCUGGAAGUGUUGGAUCUGAGCAUCAACAUGGUCAGAGACAAAGGCGCCAAUGAGCUCUUUAAAAAAUGUGAUAUAUCGCAGCUCACCAAGCUGGAGAUAUACCACUGUGGCCUCACUGUGUUGAGCUGUGGAAGUAUUGGCGAAGCUCUGAAGUUCGAAAACAGCAACCUGCUAGAACUCAAUUUGAGCAACAACGACUUGAAAGAUGCAGGUUUUGAGCUCAUCUGCCAGGGCAUGUACGCAUGGUGUCGUCUAGAGAAACUCAAUGUUUCAAGAUGUGGAAUCACAGGAAAAGGUUGCAUUUAUUUGGCCAAUGUCCUGUGUUCAGUCUCCCAGCUCUACAGCGGGUUGAUGCAAAAAACAGGCUGGCAAGCAGUGGAGCUGAAAGACCUCGACCUCAGCAUGAACUGCCUCGGAGACGAGGGAGUCAAAGAGUUCUCACCUGGACUGAAGAAUCCCUUUAGUCAUCUGAAAACUCUCAACCUGAGUCACUGCAGCCUGACUGAUGACUGCUGUGCAGAGCUUGCAUCAGGACUUGCUUCAAAGGAGAGCGUUAUCGGUGAGCUGGACCUGUCGGGCAAUGAUCUUCAAGAUAAGGGAGUGAAGAAACUCUGUGUGGGACUCAGGAGCCCUCAGAGUAAACUGGAGAAAUUGUCACUGAGGACCUGUGGCUUGAGCUCGAGGAGCAUUCAGUUCCUGACCGCUGCCCUGAAGUCAAACCCCCAACAUCUGGAAGAGCUGCAUCUGAUGGGCAACAAUCUGGAAGACUCAGGAGUCAGAGUGCUUCUGGAACUAACAAAUAACCAGAAAUACUGCCUGCGUACAAUAGAUGUCUCAGCAGAUUGAGGAGACGGACAGAAAACAGACUCACGUUUCUCAAACUUGCUCACAAGGGAAGGUCCUUGUAUUUCAGUGCAUAUUGCAGCAACGUCAAGUGUUUUAUCUUCUCUGUUUAAGGGAUGUUUUCCAAAAAGACAUUAUAUACCCAGAAUGUAUUUUAAAGCAAAAAUCUGUUAGCAAUUCCAAACUAUUUUUGUGAUGUUUUUUUUCUUUUUUUCUUACUACUUUGUGAUGAUUUAUUGUUUAAAAAAAAAAGGUUAAAACACUGUUUCAUAGUGCCUUUGUUCUAAACUAGCCUACACGUGCUUUCUUGUGCAGUGCAUAGAACUUGAUGGUUAAGAUAAUCUGAGAAAAGUGACACAAAGAUGUAUGAUGAAUGUUUUCAAAACUGUUCAGAAAUAGAGCUCAGAGGCUUUCAAAUAUAAAGUUGUCAUACGUGGAACAUUUCACACAGACACCUCUUUAAAAAGAAAGUUACUUUUACUUCAGGUUAUAAAUGAUGCUACGUUGGCUUUAUGAAGAAAUGUGCAAAACCAAUAAAAGUGGUGAGUAAAGCAAAAUGUGUUAAGGAGGAUUAAUAUUAAAUGAACUGUUUUUUUUGCUUUUAUAGUUUUAGUGGAGGUUUUCAACUCUAUUAAACCCUAUGUUGCGCAAUAUUUCAAAAUAUGUGAGAAAUCUAUUUUAUAAUCUACACUAAAACAUCAAAACAUGAAUUGAAUUAGUGCUGAAUUCAAGAGUAUGUUAGCUUUUUGCACUUCUAAACAUCAUGUCAGGAUAAUGUCAGUUGAUGUAGCCCACAUUCAGUAUAACAACAACUAUCAGGUGAAAUGUGGUUAGAACAGAGCCUUACGAGGAGCUACGCAAACUGAAGGUCAGACAGUUUGAUCACCUUAGAUAACCACAACUUAUGAACUAAAAAGGAACUGUUACAUUUGUAGAGUCCUGCCAUGGUUGAGAUUAUUCCAGAAGUGUGUCGCGCCUCUUUAAUUUGUUACCAAUGCUGAAAAGACUUCAGCCAAGAUACACAAUGUUACACAAAGAGCUCCUCCUGCAAGCCUCCUCGAUCCUCGAGAUGCAUUUUAGUUCUGAGGUGGAUUCGUCUUUUUUACUCAUGAAGGUUAUGAAUGACCUGGAAGUGGCACCCUAAAGGCUAAGGAAAGGUGCUUCAAUGCUUCCUGUGACUCUCUGGUAGAAGUGGAAUCCAAGUUAUUUGUGUCGGUCAUGAAAUGAAACGUUUCAAAUGGAGAGUCUGCUGGUUUGCGUUGCAACCAAAGUGGUGAUUUUACUGAUGAGCACAACUUCAGAGGGAGCUGACGAGUGUAAAAGCGUGAAGCUCUUUGGUCAGAACAAUAACUUGCAUAAUGGUGGACGACUAGAUCAGAGAGGGAUGAAAGCAGGUCCCUUAGCUAAUAUGUGUAUGUUUGAGAUGGGAGAUUGAAAAAUCAAGAAAUGAUGGAUGACUAAAAGAGAGCGAUGAUUAGAAAGAUAAUGUAUGAGGUGUGUGGAAUCUAAAUGAAAGGAGGUUGAAUGGACUCGUGGGGGACUGUUGGUGGUGGGAUUUGGAUUCUGAUGGUUAUGGUAGUUUGUUUUGUUCAGUGGCCCAUUGUUCUUUGUUGGCGAGCUUUCUGUGUGUCUCUGUGAGGAUGAAGUUUCUCUCUUACAUGGUUUUGAUUCCGGACAUACUGUGGAUGUAAUGGGUGCUGAUGUACUGUGGGAGUCUGUAUGCCAUUUGUAUUGCUUUGGCUUGGAUGGUGUUGAUCUGAUGUACAGUAUGUUUGGCUAACCUUGAGGAUGAUUUCAGGUGAUGCUUGAAAUGAUGUUGUAGAAGGGUAAUGGUAUUUGGAGUUUAUUGUCUCGUAGAGUAAUCCGUUGUGCCACAUUUGAUCAAAUGCUUUAUCAAUGUUUAAGAAUUGUAUCGGGGGUGGAUUUGUUUUUGUGGGAGGUUUCUUGAUUAUAUUUGAGGGUUUUGCUUUGAUGUGUUAGUUGGCCCUGGUCUGACCGCUCCUUUCACUAAAGGCUUAAUAUUUACUGAAGAAGAUACAAAAACAUGAUUAUCUUUAUUUCAUGAACAUUUUUCCUUUGACCAAAAUGGAUUAAUUAAUAUUACAAACAAGAAACUUAUGCAGUUCACAAAAUCACACAACAACACACUGUCUAAUAAAGAACAAUGUUACGCCCCUGUUUUGCCAAGCAAACUCAUCGACGGGAAAACAUGAUGCGUUUCAACACAUAGAAGUGAAUCAUGCCUCUGUGAAUGUGUGUAAAUGAACAUAGAAAUAUCAUGUGUGCACCCCUGGUUGCGCUACUAAAAUGGUGAAGGAAAUAAGGAUAAUAGCAUCGUUCAUUAACUACUUAGCGAGAAUGGAAGGGAGCAGGGAAUAUGUGGUAUAUAUGUGUGCGUUUCUUUGAACAUUAAAUCAUUGAACACCGUCUUCUGCCUCCUCAUCUGCCUGUUCUGCAUUUGGGUUCAGUCCUGAAUUUACAAACAUGGACACAGCUGCUGAAUUUCAGAAGGUAAUACUAGAUAAUAUUAACAGCCUUCUGCACUGCAGCAACAACAACUAUAAUGCUGUGGAAAAGAUGACAUCUCCAACUAGAUCUCUCUGUGAGGUUUCUUCCAGGCUUUGGCUAGAAAAGUCUAUCUAGGAACAAAGAGCUCCUGGGAACCACGCUAUCCUCCACUCUGCUUCCCAGUCUGCCAGCCUCCAGCCAGGACCGCGGUAGACUAGACUCCAGCCUCCUAGCUACCACCAUCCUUGCCACGAAAAUGCUGUUCUUUAGCCUGCUCCUUAACCUGCAGGCAUCCAGCGUGCUAGCUGCCAGUCUGCUUUUGGCCGGCUGGCGCCC